UCUCCCUCUUUCUAUGGCUUCAGCCUCCUUGGAGUUGAGAAAAACCGCCAAAAAAAGGAAGUAUUAAACUAAUUAAGUGGCUAUUUGCACAGUUAGUGGUACUGCAUGUGCUCAGGAAUCACAAACAGUUUAUAAAGCUAAAAUAGCCCCACCGUCCAUCCAUUAUACUUGUACUCUCUAAAUAUAUAUCACUCUCUUCUCAUUCUCUGUUUACCUCUCUUUUUCUAUCUCCUUCUCUAUUUUGAUAUCCCAUUCUCCAUUGAUUGACAUGGGUGAAGAAGCUAAACAGGAACAAGCUAAGGCAGAGGAGAAGAAAGAGGAGACAGCAGAGGAGAAGAAGGAAGAGAAGGCAGAGGAGAAGAAGGAAGAGCCAAAGCCACCUUCUCCAUUUGUCUUGUACGUGGACUUGCAUUGUGUUGGAUGUGCCAAGAAGAUCGAGAAGUCCAUCAUGAAAAUUAGAGGAGUGGAGGGGAUUGUGAUAGACAUGAAUAAAAACGAAGUGACUAUAAAGGGAAUAGUGGAGCCUCAAGCUGUGUGCACGAAAAUAAUGACAAGGACAAAAAGAAGUGCAAAAGUCCUAUCCCCAUUACCAGCAUCUGAGGGUGAACCCAUGCCAGAAGUUGUUGCUUCACAGGUUAGUGGACCAAUAACAGUGGAACUCAAUGUAAACAUGCACUGUGAGGCCUGUGCUGAGCAACUUAAGAGGAAGAUCCUCAAAAUGAGAGGAGUUCAAACAGCCGUGACCGAGCUCAGUACUGGGAAGGUAAUGGUCACUGGGACCAUGGACGGAGACAAGCUUGUAGAUUAUGUUUAUAGACGCACAAAAAAGCAAGCUCGGAUUGUACCGCAGCCAGAGCCUGAACCGGAGAAGAAAGAAGAAAAUAAGGAAGCUGAGAAGCCCGCAGAAGAAGCAAAACCCGAAGAAAAGAAAGAAGGCGAAAAACCACCAGAAGAAGGUAAAAAAGAAGAAGGUGACAAGGGUGGCAACAAUGGCGAAAGCAUUGAGAAUAAAGAAGAUCACAAGGGUGGUGAUCAGGAAAGCAAGGACGGUGGAGAUGAUCAUGAGGAAGGUAUGAAGAGGAUGAUGCACUACUACCAGCCUUUCUAUGUCAUUGAACGAAUACCACCUCCUCAGCUCUUCAGUGAUGAGAACCCCAAUGCAUGCUGCAUUUCAUAAUAAAUAUGAACCAAAAUUAUUAUAAUAUCAAAAAUGUUAUUAUUAUAAUACACUCGUGAUGAGAAUUUUAGAAAGUUUGGUGCAUGGGAGGUACGUGUCAAAUGGAAAAUUAGAUGCAAAUUGAUUAAUAAUAUAAAUCAUUCUGUAUCGAUAAUAUAUGCAUAUUAUAUGAUCAAUAUUCAACCAUAUAAUUAUAAGAA